UUUGGUUUCUCCCCACUUCCGUCCACUUCCACCAUGUGGCCGGUAGGUGGCGCUGUCGCCGGCGGCGCUGCGCUGGCGCUUUCCACCACAGAGGAAGAGCUGAAAGAAAACACAAAGCUGCAAACCGAGUAACUGCAGAUUCAGCUCCUGUGCGGACACAGCAACAGCGGGGCGACGGAUUCAGGCUGGUCGCCAUGGAAACGCUCCGUGGGAGAUGUUGAAGCAACAACAGACGGAAACACGCUGCAGUGCACUCCCCGUGAUGGAGUUUCCCCAGCAUUCCCAGCAGCUGCUGUCGGCUCUGCGGUCCCAGCGCCAGCGAGGCUUCCUUUGUGAUUGCACUGUCCUUGUGGGGUCAUCCCGGUUCCAGGCUCACCGGGCUGUUUUGGCAUCAUGCUCGCCUUUCUUCCACAUGUUUUACUCAGACUAUCCUGGGGGAAGCGUCACCAACAGCUCUGUCACCCUUGACAGUGACAUAGUUACAUCUUCUGCAUUUGGCUUACUCUUAGACUUUAUCUAUGAAGGUGUGUUGCAGCUGGACGAGUCUCCUCCGGUGGAGGACAUAUUGGCAGCUGCAAGUUUUCUUCACAUGAACGAGGUGGUGAGAGUGUGCAAGAGCCGACUGCAGAGACGAAGGCCUCUGGCUGAAGCAGACAGCACCCGCUCUGAAGAGAGCAGCAAGUUGAAGAAGCCAACUGAGGCAGGAACAGAGAGUAAUGGUGGAGCUGAGUCCUUGGUGGCUAUGGCAGCAGAUCAUUCAAACACAGUCACCAUAGCACUACCACUGUUAUUAGCAUCCCAAGUCACGGAGAGGAAUCAUUUGGAGCCUGUAAAGUCUGUGCAGAGGACUAGUGGGGGUUCAUCAGAGAAACGAGUUCUGACUCCCCUGAGCCCUGACCUCGCUGAUACCACUCAGCCAGGUAUGGACAUCCCACGUCUGCCCCCAGGUGUGGAGCUGGUGCAGGGCUUCAUCGCAGAACAAUCAACCCUCAACUCUGGAGGUCAUGCCAGGUUGGAAGCUGGAAGUCAAGGAUCAGCUCUCAGCAGUCCUUGUAGCACCACAGAGACAUACAGUCAUAGCUGUAACCAGCACCCCUCCUCAUCCUCUUCCUCCCAGACCCCAUUGAGCCAGACUGGUGUUUGCUCAAAUGUUGUUCUUAGCCAAUCAGAAUCCCACCUUCCUACCGGCACACAGCCAGAGGAACCCCAGCAACCCUGUGACAACUCUGCUGGAGACUCCUCAGAAAGUAACCAGGGAGACACUCUGGGCAGAGAUCAGCAGAUGGUAAUGUUAAUUAAACCCCCGUCUCUCACCUCAAAUCUACAGACAAACUCAAGAGACUCAGCAUUGCAAUGUGCACCUCCCCAAAUCCGAAUUCAGAGCACUAUAUCGCUGCAACGCUUAAGCUCAGACUUUCAUCCUGCUCCUCAGACCCUAAAGCCUCAGGGACCUGAAGGAAACAUUGUAGCUUCACAUGCCACUAGAAAAGAAAAAACGCACCCUCUUGUGUGUAAAGUGAGGACAGACAAGGAUGGAAAGACUGCAAAAAUCAAAGUGGAAGCGAUUGUUAUUUCUGAUGAAGAGCUAGAAGAGGAGAAGGAUGAAAGUAGAGAGAGAGAGCCAGUGAUGGAUGUGGAAGAUGAAUUUGAAGAUGAAAUCCACGAAGAGGAGCUAAGCAGCCCUCACUUUCUCUCCUCCCAUCCACAGGGACUUUUACAUAUCACCUCCCAUUCAAAUUACUACUCCUUCUCCCUCUCUCCCUCUUCCUCCUCCUCCGGUGCCAGGCCUUCCUCCCAGGACACUUCCCCCUUUACAGCCUCCAUCAUUCCUCCAUCCACAUCUCAAAAUUCAGAUCCUCCUGCUUACUUCCAGGACCUCCAGGACUCUAUGGGGAGCUUUGUGGAAGAUGUCCCCACAUGUGGGGUAUGUGGAAAGACUUUCUCGUGCACGUAUACUCUAAGGCGCCACGCCAUUGUGCAUACCCGUGAACGCCCUUAUGAAUGUCGCUUCUGCUACCGGAGCUACACACAGUCGGGCGACUUGUACAGACACAUUCGCAAAGCUCACGACCACACGCUGCCCGCCAAACGCAGCAAGGCAGACGCAGAAGUCUCCCUGCCACUACAACCACCACCCUCUCAAAGCUAGCACACACAUUUCUUUAUUAGAAAUGCAUAUAAACUUUAACUCUGAUUUUACCUUGAAACCUAAUUUGAGGAGGAUAUCAACUGAGGAUCGUUGUCAUUAUCACAUUAUAGUUUGACUUUUUUUUUUUCCCCCUUUCUUUCUUUAUUUUAAAACCUAUUUUAUUAAUUUAUUCUUUUUUUCCCCACUUUCUCAUGGGCAUUUCAUAGGUACGUUCAUGAUGGGGCAUGCUUUCUCCGGGAGCACUAAAGAGAGCAGCUAGCUCAAACGUUUUGAUAACAACAGUACCAACGUCAAGGAAUCCCUUCCUCUGCCUUUAAUCCUAUGUGUGUUUUUGUGUAUAAAAACAUACCAACAAUCACCUUAACAUAGUGGGUAUAAGCAGUACUCGAGUUGAGGGGGGAUGGCAUUCCCCCUGAAAUAAAAACGGUCAAAAUCAUCCCCCCUGUAAAACUGCCAUCACCCCUUUCCAUCCCUUAUGUCAUUUCAUCAAUGAAUGUGGUUUUACUGCUAUUUCCACAUUUAGAGUCAUCACCAGAAAAAUGACUUAUUUGA